GAGCCGCAGCGGCAGCGGUAGGGCCGGGGCAGGGGUCGCGGCCGGGCCGGGCCGGGGCGGGGCGGGCCGGGACCGGACCGGGGCCGGGCCGUCGCUGGGUCGGGCCAGGGUGAGGGCGAGGGCAGGGCCUGGCGCGGCGCCGGGCAGCGCGGCUGCAUGAGGUUGAUGCUGCUGUGCUGCACCUGGAGGGACGAGCCUAUGGGAGAGGACGAAGGGACCGACCUGCCGGUGUGUGCGAGCUGCAGGCAGGGCAUCUAUGAUGGGCAGUACCUGCAGGCGCUGAACGCGGAUUGGCAUGCCGACUGCUUCCGGUAGGAGCACGCGGUGCAGCCAGGACAGCAGCAGGAACGCCGGGAUGCUGCCGGGGACAGGGACAGCAGAUCCAACUCCUGCCCUGUCACCCACACACAGGAGGCUGUCACACACACCCGGAUGCUGGCAGGAGCGCAGCUGCAGGGUGCAGGCAGGCCUGGCUGGGGGAUGCCAAGCCUGGCAGAGGGCCCCGCUGCCUGCACCCCGCUGCUGUCCCUUCCUGCCGAAUGACUGAUUACAGGGCGCGUGGGGCUGAUGUCACUCGGCCCCCUCCCUCCCUCCCUCCCUCCUUCCCUGUUUCCUCUUUCACUCCUGGCAGCUUGAGCUGUGGGAGCUCCAAGGACAAGGAGGAAGGUCCUAGGGUUGGGGGGUGCAAGGGGUGGCUGGGACCUUGCAGGGGUUCCAGUGGGGGUGGGGGUGUCGAGCACAGCAGGGCACGGGGGUGGUCCCCCCAUCACGUCCCAUGGAGGAUGCUGGUGGCAGUGCUGAGGAAGAGCCAUGUCCUGAGCGCCGGAGCCAAGUGCUGUGAGUGCAGGGCCUCCCUGUCCCUCCAGUACUAUGAGAAGGAUGGGCGCCUGUACUGCAAGAAGGAUUACUGGGUACGCUUCGGGGAGCUCUGCCACGGCUGCUCUGAGCAGAUCACCAAGGGGCUUGUCAUGGUGGCUGGGGAGCAAAAGUACCACCCCGAGUGCUUCAGCUGCCUUAACUGCCACACGUUCAUCGGUGACGGGGACACCUAUGCGCUGGUGGAGCGCUCCAAGCUCUACUGUGGUCACUGCUAUUACCAGAUGGUGGUGACACCAGUCAUCGAGCAGAUCCUGCCGGAUUCACCGGCUUCCCACAUCCCACACACCGUCACACUCGUCUCCAUCCCUGCCUGCUCUGACGGCAAACGUGGAUUCUCCAUCUCCAUCGACCAGGGCUGCGGCACUGAGCACCCCCGCACUGUUCGCGUCCGAGAGGUGGAUCCAGACUGUAUCAGCCCUGACAUGAAGAACUCCAUCCACGUGGGUGACCGCAUCCUGGAGAUCAACGGCACUCCCAUCGGCCAUGUCCCCCUGGAUGAGAUCGACCUGCUGAUCCAGGAGACCAGCCGCUUGCUCCAGCUGACCAUCGAGCACGACCCCCACGAGCCUCUUGCCCAUGAGCCGGGGCUUGCCUGCAGCCCCCUGCCUGCGCCAUGCAGCCCCCUGUGCUCCCUGGUCCCCCCACCCUGUGGGGAGCCUGAUGCCAUGCGCCAGCGGACUGUCACGAGGAGCUGCAGCACGGACAAGUCUCCAGGCUCCGGCUCAGUGUGUUCACCAGCAUCCCAGCACAAGGACAUUGGUCGCUCUGAGUCACUGCGCGUUGUCUCCCGCACCCAUCGCAUCUUCCGCCCUUCUGACCUGAUCCAUGGCGAGGUGCUGGGCAAGGGCUGCUUCGGCCAGGCCAUCAAGGUGACUCAUCGGGAGACGGGCGAAGUGAUGGUCAUGAAGGAGCUGAUCCGCUUCGAUGAGGAGACGCAAAGGACCUUCCUCAAGGAGGUGAAGGUGAUGCGCUGCUUGGAGCACCCCAAUGUCCUCAAGUUCAUCGGGGUGCUGUACAAGGAGAAGAGGCUCAACUUUAUCACAGAGUACAUCAAGGGGGGCACCUUGAGAGGCCUCAUUAAGAGCAUGGACAGCCACUACCCCUGGAGCCAGCGCGUCAGCUUUGCCAAGGACAUCGCCGCUGGCAUGGCCUACCUCCACUCCAUGAACAUCAUCCACCGUGACCUCAACUCUCACAACUGCCUUGUGCGGGAGAACAAGAGUGUGGUGGUGGCUGAUUUUGGGCUGGCACGGCUGAUGGUGGAUGAGAAGAACCAGCCCGAGCAUCUCAAGAACCUGAAGAAACCGGACCGUAAGAAGCGGUACACAGUAGUGGGGAACCCAUACUGGAUGGCCCCAGAGAUGAUCAACGGGAGGAGCUACGAUGAGAAAGUGGACAUCUUCUCUUUUGGCAUUGUCCUGUGUGAGAUCAUUGGCCGGGUGAGUGCUGACCCCGACUACCUGCCCCGCACCACUGACUUCGGCCUCAAUGUCAGGGGCUUCCUGGACCGCUAUUGCCCCCCUGCUUGCCCCCCCAGUUUCUUCCCCAUUGCCGUCUGCUGCUGCGACCUGGACCCCGAGAAGCGGCCAUCUUUCAGCAAGCUGGAGCAGUGGCUGGAAACCCUCCGCAUGCAUCUGGAGAUCCACCUUCCGUUGAGCUCCCAGCUGGAGCAGCUGGACCGAACCUUUAGGGAGACACACCGGCGGGGCGAGGGCGGGCUGCCUGCACCCCCUCGAUAGACCCCUGCAUCCCCUCUGGAACCACAGGACAAGGAGCUGUGCCCGCUGCCAGCAUCUCCUCUGGCUGCCACCACCCCUGGGGCUGGAUCCCUGGGGCUUCCCGGAUGAGCCCCCCAAGCCCAUCUCCUCUGCACAGGCUGCCUGCCACUGUCCACACUGUCCCUGGGAGCUGGCUCUCCCCGGGGCUGCAUGGCCCCCGCACGCUGUAGCUGAUACCCCUGGACAAGCCUGGCCGCACUGUGCGGGCCAUUCCCGUGUCCCUCUGGCUCACUUCGCCUUUGCCCCACGGGGCUGCGCAGCUGCCGGCUCUGCACAUGCCCUGCGGGCUGCCCCGUACAGAGCCAUGGCCUCAUGGUGGUGCCUUGGCUUUCCGUGAACUUGCACUGCAACACAGAAGGGGACCCCCAAAGGGUUCCUUUGGUGGGGGUACAUGCCCCCUGGCCCCCCAGGCUUGUAGCAAUGCCCUUGUCCUCAGCCAGUGCCUCUAACGCUGCUCUUGCUGGCGCCCCAGGCUUGGGGGACUGCCAGCACCCCUGGCCAAGCAAGGGACCCAUGGGGGAUGGGGGCUGCCCAUCUGGUCCCCACUGCCCUCACGUCCCUGGUGCCCCUGCUAAUCCAUGACUGCGCAUCCCUGGGGACAGCACCAAGUGGUCCAGAGGGAUGCAGGGAUGUGGUUCAUCUCGAUGCCCUUGACCUGGGGUGGUUGGGGAGGGGGUUGCGCCAUGCAGUGCUUUUCAUGCUCUUUAUUCAGGUUCAUUUUUCUGUAAGAUAUUUAAAGAGAAGAGUUUGUAUUAUUUUUUCAUACGACGUAGCGUUUGCCAUUUGUCACUGCCUCGGUUCUGCUUUCCCAAAGGGAUGAAACUGUGAAGCCUCUCCGUGCACUUUUGCCCGGGAAGUCCAAGGCGACGUGCUCUCCAGAGGCGGGAAGGGAGCUCGAACUGUGAUGUACCCUGAGCCGUGAGUCAAUAAAUCCUUCCCCGCUCACUGC